AUGCCGAAAAAGAAGACCGGUGCCCGCAAGAAGGCAGAGAACCGCAAGGAACGGGAGAAACAGACUCGCGCCAACAAGGGCUUUGUUGACGUUGCAAAGUCCCCUUGCAAUUCAGCAAUGGUAUGGAAUGAUGGAAUAAUAUACAUGUUCUCAUCACAGCAUAAUAUCAACUGGAUAGUUAACGAUUACUGAAAAACAUGAUUAUUUCCCUAGGACUUACUGUAGUCCUCAUCUUGUGUUGCAGGAAUGUGACAAAUGCCAGAGGUAAGACAUCUUCAAUAUUUUUUACAUUCAUCUUAAUGGAUAACUUAACUACCUAACAUUGGUCUGUGUAAACACAAUUCAACUAUGUGAACAAGAUACAUUAUUUCUUUAUUAGCAACUAUAAUCUACAGGUGAUGGAGGCUUUGACACUUUGUUCCCCUGUUUCAAUGACACCCAAGACGGCAGAAGAACAGAGCUUUCUGCUACUUCUGUGCCAACGUUCAGAAGCUGCCCCAGUGCGGUCAAUGUGGUGAGUCUAAUAUAAAUUGUGAUGCAUGGCAAUUUUCUGAUUUAAAAACCCCUUGAGCUCUUUGAGCCCAACUUCAUUCAAUACAACUUGAUUUAUCCCCUCAGGUGGCAAAGAAAGAUAUUGCACAAUAUUACACAUAAGAUAUUUGUACAGGAGUGCAAGGACCAUGUAUAAUGUUAUGUUGUGGUGUGAGACUGUCUUCCUGUAUUCCAACUAAAGGCAAAACCAAAUGCAUGAAGUCUUCAGACUGUGUCAUCAAGCAUCCAGGGAUCCACGCUACAGGAAUGGGCAUGGUGGUAAGAGAUGAGAGCAGUUUGAAAAACGUUAUUAUUCCCAUUGAGAUGUAGAUAAUACUGAGUAGUAAUCAUUAGUGCACACCAUAGAAAAACAUAGCAAAACGAAAACAAGUGUUUCUUAUCGGUCAAAUUCAGGUAGUCCCCAAUAGUUUGCCUCCUUUGGUUUCUAGUGAAUAUGACCCUGGGGUGUAUUCAUUAUGCUGAUUCUGUUGUAAAACGUUUUGUAACUGUUUACUCCAAAUGAAAAAUGUUUUGUUCUAUUGGACAAAUUGAAGGUAGGUCCCUCCCCGUUUCGUUUGCUUUCGUUUGGUUCUUAAAUGGUUUCCAUUGCAAGACGUAAUGAAUACACCCCUGGUGUAGGCCUGCAUCUAUUUAACAUUGUCAUAUGUGCCCAGAUUGUCCAGUCAUUCAUUUAUCAUUGGAUAUUCAUAUGUGUAAUGUGAAAUGUUGUCUCUGUCCACAAGGGGGCGGUGUGUGACUUCUGUGAGGCCUGGGUGUGCCACGGGAGAAAGUGCCUCAGUACCCAUGCUUGCACAUGUCCUCUCAUGGAUGCCGACUGUAUUGAGUGUGAACGCUGUGUGUGGGACCAUGGUAAAUUAUGCCAUUUAUAAACCUGCCUGGUCUGCAAAACAUAAACAAGGCCUAUAAAAUUGUUAAUACAUGCACCUAAAUGCUGGUUGCCAUCCACCUUGUCUAUUUUGUAAUCAUUCCCCUUUUUUCCUAUCUGACACAGGGGGAAGGGUAUACCGUUGCUCCUUCUGCCACAACUUCCUAUGUGAGGAUGACCAGUUUGAGCACCAAGCCAGUUGCCAGGUCCUGGAGGCGGAGACUUACAAAUGUGAGCUAUUAGGGUGUCUUUCUCACCCGUCAAUCAUCCACAUUGUGUUGGAUUAUGAGAAAUCAAGAGCUUUCAGUCCUUAGGGCAUACUUUGGCAGGUAUGAGGCACACCGUGCAAUGAUUAGACAAAAGUAGGCAUUCUGCCAAUUGAAAGUUUAGAGAAAGGUUAACCCCUAGCAAUACUGAUGAAAUAAUCAUUUUCAAUGUGUUAAUAUAUGCUGUAUUUUCCCCCAUGUUCAUUUCAGGUGCUUCCUGCAACAGACUGGGGCAACACUCCUGCCUGCGCUGCAAGGUAAUGGAAAAUGGAGUUCCAAGUAUUCAUACCCCUUGGAUUUCUUCCUUAAAAAUGUUCUGAUUUAAUUGUAAUUUUUUUGUCAACAAUCUAGUCAAUACUCUGUACAGUGGCGGCUCCUGAAAAAUUUCUCAGGGGGGGGCAAUUUUUCUGAUGAUUUAGGUGACCUACACACAUUUUAAGAAAGAUAUGUCCAGCAACAACAUGAAGACAGGGGCAGCAUAUAAGUCAAUACCAGAAGCAUUUAUUGACUGAUCUCAAAAGUGUUGGCUUACCAGGGUUGGUGGAGCCCUCAGUUUCAUCUUUGCCUCGCAAAGCUAACUCAAACACUCCGCAAAACUUCACACACUGGAUUAGCCGGCUGAGGAUGUGGCGGUUCUUGCUAAUGUCGUAGUAAAUAUAUUUGUUAUAGUGAAUAUGGAAUAUGAUAUGUUGAGUAAAAUGUUGUGCUAAGAUCUAUUUAGGUCAGGAGCUGGUUAUAAGUUCUGUUCCUAUCCAAUAACAAUGGACAAAAGGGUCCUAUCUUGUCAGCCUUGUCAGUUUCAGUUCUCCAGUAAACUUGUGAUUAUCAACACUAACCUCAUCGUUGUGGCGGCGGACAGCUAGCCUGUAUCCCUCAUCCAGUUGAGUGGGAAUGUUCACUCUCCCCAAAGCAGACAAUCUCAAACAGCUAUCCAUGUGGGUCUUUGACAGCUCAUGUUUCUUAAUCUUUCCUGAAAGAUGGUGCAUGUCCGUUACACACCAGUCGCUGUCCAAGCGGUGCUGUCUGCCGUGCCGCCUUCAGGGUGAAAGAGUAAGCAGGGGGUAGCAGAAGACUGCAUUAGCUACAUCGCAGCCUGCUAGCCAGGUUUUUCGUUCGUACCAAUUUUUGGAAAAUCCUCGGGUGUAGGACUUCCCCCCUUUAGUAGAAACCUGUUGAAUUAUUAAAUUUGGUCUGGGAGGUCCUAAUUGUUUCGUUGCCAAUUUAUCUUCAUUUGUUCGCCGACAAAAAGGAACUUCUUUCAAAGACACAAUCGAGUUGCACUGAAGCCUAGCCAUUUUGACAGUAAUAGUGAAUUGAUUGACGCUGCUACCCGCUCUUUUCUUAGUUACGUUCAUGGUUAUGUUACGUAUGACGAAAGCGCGUAAGUGCAAGCCCUCAGAAACCCAUAGAGAUUGUAUUGAAAGCUCUGAUAUUUGAAAAAAAUAGAUUUUACAUGGGAGUCUAUGACAGACUUCUGGGCGAUUUUCAACCUGACUGAAAUCGCCCCAAAGGGGGGGGGGGGGCAUUUGAAGCACGACUUUAGCCUGAUUGGACAUUUAGUGGCACUGUGGCAGAUCAGACGUCUAGAUUACAACACUGAUAACUACUGUUGCCGUGAUAUAAUUGAUUAGAAAAAAAAUCCCUUCCUUUUCCCGUUUGGCAGUGCGUCGCCCAUAUCGCCCUAUUGAACACACCGCCCCUGACUCUGUAAUGUCAGUGGAAGAAAAAUUCUAACCUUAUUUAAAGAUUAAUACAAAUUAGGAAAGUAAAAUUGCAUAAGUAUUCAGCACCUUUGUUCAGGCAAGCCUAAAUGAGUUCAGGAGUAACAUUUGGCUUAACAAAUCACAUAAUAAGUUACAUGGACUCACUCUGUGUGAAAUAAUAGGGGUUGACAUGAUUUUUGGAUGACUAACCAUUCCUCUGUCCACCAUACAUACAUCUGUAAGGUCCCUCAGUCAAAUUUCAAGCACAUAUUCAACUACAAAGACCAUGGAGCUUUUCGAAAGCCUCAUAAAGAAGGGCAGUGAUUGAUAGAUGGGUAACAAUAACAAAUCAGACUUUGGAUAUCUCUUUAAGAAUGGUCAAGUUAAUAAUUAUGCUGUGGGUGAUGUAUUAAAUCACUCAGACACAUCAAAUAUACAGUCAUCCCUCUGAACUGAGCUGCAGGACAGGGUGUUACCAUGAGGCCAUUGGUGAUUUAAGAUAGUUACAGAGUUCAAUGGCUGUGAUGGAAGAACUGAGGAUGAAUCAACAACAUUGUAGUGACUCCACAAUAAUGACCUAAAUUAAAGAGUGAAAAGAAGAAUACAAAUAUACAGAAUAAAAAAUAUUUACAAAACAUGAAUCUUGCAUGCAACAAGGCACUAAAUUAAUACUGAAAAAACUAAAACAAGGCAAAGGAAUAUUUUCUGGGGGCCUAAAUGCAAAGCCUUAUGUUUGGCGCAAAUCCUACACAUCACUGAGUAACUGCCUCCUUAUUUUCAAGCAUGCUGGUGGCUGCAUCGUGGUAUGGGUAUGCUUGACAUCGGCAAAUACCAGGGAAUUUUUCAGGAUGAAAAGAAACGGGACGGCUCUAAGCUCUCAAUCCUGGUCUUGGGGACCCAAAGGGGCGCACAUUUUUGUUUUUGCCUUAGCACUAAACAGCAGAUUCAAAUGAUCAACUCAUCAUCAAGCUUUGAUCAUUUGAAUCAGGUGUGGAGUACUAAGGCAUAAACUAAAAUGUGCACCUCUUUGGGGGCCCAGGACCAGGAUUGAGAACCACUGAUCUAAGCACAUACAAAAUCCUAGAGGAAAACCUGGUUCAGUCUGCUUUACAAAAGACACUGGGAGACGAAUUCACCUUUCAGCAGGACAAUAGCCUACAAGACAAGGCCAAAUCUACACUGUUGUUGCUUACCAAGAAGACAGUGAAUGUUCCUGAGUGGCCAAGUUACAGUUUUGACUUAAAUCUGCUUGAAAAUCUAUGAUGACUUGAAAACUGCUGUCUAGACAUGAUCCUCAACUUCUUGACAGAGCUUGAAUAAUGAUGAAAAUAAUAAUGUGCUAACAUUGCACAAUCCAGGUGUGUAAAGCUCUUAGAGACUUACCCAAGAAGACUCACAGCUGUAAUUGCUGCCAACGGUGAUUCUAACAUGUAUUGACUUGGGGAGCUGAAUACUUAUGCAACAACUAUAUCUUAGUUAUUUAAUUUCUAUUCAUCUUAAAUUUUACACAUUUCUUCCACUUUGACAGAGUAUUUGGUGUUGGUUGUUGACAAAAAAUUACAAUUAAUCCAUUUUAGUCCCACUUGGUAACACAGUAAAAUGUGAAGAAAUCCAAGGGGUAUGAACACUUUAAGGCACUAAAUCAACACAAAAUGUUUUUUGUUUUUUGUUUUUUUUGUAUAUAUGUUUUUUUUUUGUGUGUGUCAUUUAGCAGACACUCUUCUCCAGAGCGACUUACAGGAGCAAUUAGGGUUAAGUGCCUUGCUCAAGGGCACAUCGACAGAUUUUUCACCUAGUGGGCUCGGGGAUUAGAACCAGCGACCUUUCGGUUACUAGCACAACGCUCUUAACCACUAAGCUACCUGCCGCCCCGAGUGUUAUGUUAUGUUGUAAACCGAAAGUCAACGCUAGCUGGCUAUCGUGAGUGACUCUAUGCUAAAAGCUAACUGGCUAUUGGACAUAAGCAGAUUUGUGAGUAGGUAACAUUCCAUUCUACAAAUAAAUCGCCAUGGAAAAUGCACUGAAACCUCCUUGAAAAAUUGACUUUGAUGAUUGUAAUUCAGCACUGACCUGGAAAAGAUGGAAAGAGGAAUUCAAUUUGUACAUUGCUCUUACAAUGGGAGAAAAACCUGAGGAUUACAAAGUGAAGCUACUGUAUUAUCUCAUUUGGGAAAAAGACAGAGAGAUUUGUGAGACUGUCCAUUUGGGCAGUACAAAAGACAAUCUCUUUGUUGAAGUAAUUGCAGCACUCGAUGCAUUUUGUGAUCCCAAGAAAAAUGAAACGAUUGAGAGAUAUCAUUUUUCCAUGCGCAGUCAAGGCCAAGAUGAGAGUUUAGACAAAUAUCUCACUGAAUUGAGGACUCCAGUGGCCACCUGCAACUUUGGAGUAAUCACAGACUCCCUUAUCAGGGACAGGAUUGUGUGUGGCACCUGUGACCCACACUUAAGAGAGCGCUUACUCAGAGAGACUGAUCUCAGUUUAGAGAAAGGAAUGUUUUUUUUUCUUUCUUUUUUUUUCUUCUCACCUUUAUUUAACCAGGUAAGCCAGUUGAGAACAGGUUCUCAUUUACAACUGCGACCUGGCCAAGAUAAAGCAAAGUAGUGCAAUAAAAACAACACAGAGUUACAUAUGGGGUAAAAAACAUAAAGUCAGAAAUACAACAGAAAAUAUAUAUACAGUGUGUGCAAAUGUAGCAAGUUAUGGAGGAAAGGCAAUAAAUAGGCUAUAGUGCAGAAUAAUUACAAUAGUAUUAACACUGGAAUGCUAGAUGUGCAAGAGAUUAUGUGCAAAUAGAGAUACUGGGGUGCAAAAUAAAUAACAAUAUAGGGAUGAGAUAGUUGGGUGGGCUAAUUUCAGAUGGGCUGUGUACAGGUGCAGUGAUCGGUAAGGUGCUCUGACAACUGAUGCUUAAAGUUAUUGAGGGAGAUAAGAGUCUCCAGCUUCAGAGAUUUUUGCAAUUCGUUCCAGUCAUUGGCAGCAGAGAACUGGAAGGAAUGGCGGCCAAAGGAGGUGUUGGCUUUGGGAAUGACCAGUGAGAUAUACCUGCUGGAGCGCAGACUACGGGUGGGUGCUGCUAUGGUGACCAAUGAGCUAAGAUAAGGCGGGGAUUUGCCUAGCAAUGAUUUAUAGAUGGCCUGGAGCCAGUGGGUUUGACGACGAACAUGUAGUGAGGACCAGCCAACAAGAGCGUACAGGUCACAGUGGUGGGUAGUGUAUGGGGCUUUGGAGACAAAACGGAUGGCACUGUGAUAGACUACAUCCAAUUUGCUGAGUAGAGUGUUGGAGGCUAUUUUGUAAAUGACAUCGCCGAAGUCAAGGAUCGGUAGGAUAGUCAGUUUUACGAGGGCAUGUUUGGCAGCAUGAGUGAAGGAGGCUUUGUUGCGAAAUAGGAAGCCGAUUCUAGAUUUAACUUUGGAUUGGAGAUUCUUUAUGUGAGUCUGGAAGUUGAGUUUACAGUCUAACCAGACACCUAGGUAUUUGUAGUUGUCCACAUACUCUAGGUCAGACCCGUCGAGAGUGGUGAUUCUAGUCGGGUGGGCGGGUGCCAGCAGCGUUCGAUUGAAAAGCAUGCAUUUAGUUUUACUAGUGUUUAAGAGCAGUUGGAGGCUACUGAAGGAUUGUUGUAUGGCAUUGAAGCUCGUUUGGAGGUUUGUUAACACAGUAUCCAAUGAAGGGCCAGAUGUAUACAAAAUGGUGUCGUCUGCGUAGAGGUGGAUCUGAGAGUCACCAGCAGCAAGAGCGACAUCAUUGAUAUACACGGAGAAAAGUGUCGGCCCAAGAAUUGAACCCUGUGGCACCCCCAUAGAGACUGCCAUAGGUCCAGACAACAGGCCCUCCGAUUUGACACACUGAACUCUAUCUGAGAAGUAGUUGGUGAACCAGGCGAGGCAGUCAUUUGAGAAACCAAGGCUAUUUAGUCUGCCAAUAAGAAUGCGGUGGUUGACAGAGUCGAAAGCCUUGGCCAGGUCGAUGAAGACGGCUGCACAGUACUGUCUAUUAUCAAUCGCGGUUAUAAUAUCGUUUAGGACCUUGAGCGUGGCUGAAGUGCACCCGUGACCAGCUCGGAAACCGGAUUGCAUAGCGGAGAAGGUACGGUGGUAUUCGAAAUGGUCGAUGAUCUGUUUGUUAACUUGGCUUUCGAAUACUUUCGAAAGGCAGGGCAGGAUGGAUAUAGGUCUGUAGCAGUUUGGAUCUAGAGUGUCACCCCCUUUGAAGAGGGGGAUGACCGCGGCAGCUUUCCAAUCUCUGGGGAUCUCAGACGUUAUGAAAGAGAGGUUGAACAGACUAGUAAUAGGGGUUGCGACAAUUUCGGCGGCUAGUUUUAGAAAGAAAGGGUCCAGAUUGUCUAGCCCAGCUGAUUUGUAGGGGUCCAGAUUUUGCAGCGCUUUCAAAACAUCAGCUGUCUGAAUUUGUGUGAAGGAGAAGCGGGGGGGGCAUGGGCAAGUUGCAGCAGAGGGUGCAGAGUUGGUGGCCGGGUUAGUGGUAGCCAGAUGGAAAGCAUGGCCAGCUGUAGCAAAAUGCUUGUUGAAAUUCUCGAUUAUUGUAGAUUUAUCGGUGGUGAUAGUGUUUCCUAGCCUCAGUGCAGUGGGCAGCUGGGAGGAAGUGCUCUUAUUCUCCAUGGACUUUACAGUGUCCCAAAACUUUUUGGAGUUAGUGCUACAGGAUGCACAUUUCUGUUUGAAAAAGUUAGCCUUUGCUUUCCUGACUGCUUGUGUAUAUUGGUUCCUAACUUCCCUGAAAAGUUGCAUAUCGCGGGGGCUAUUUGAUGCUAAUGCUGUACGCCACAGGAUGUUUUUGUGCUGGUCAAGGGCAGUCAAGUCUGAGGAGAACCAGGGGCUAUAUCGGUUCUUAGUUCUGUAUUUUUUGAAUGGGGCAUGUUUAUUUAAGAUUGAGAGGAAAUUACUUUUAAGGAACAACCAGGCAUCCUCUACUGACGGAAUGAGAUCUAUAUCCAUCCAGGAUACCUGGGCCAGGUCAAUUAGGAAGGCCUCCUCGCUAAAGUGUUUUAGGGAGCGUUUGACAGUGAUGAGGGGUGGUCGUUUGACCGCGGACCCGUUACGGACGCAGGCAAUAAGGCAGUGAUCGCUGAGAUCCUGGUUGAAGACAGCUGAGGUGUAUUUAGAGGGUAUGUUAGUCAGGAUGAUAUCUAUGAGGGUACCCAUGUUUACGGAUUUAGGGUUGUACCUGGUAGGUUCGUUGAUAAUUUGCGUGAGGUUGAGGGCAUCUAGCUUGGAUUGUAGGAUGGCUGGGGUAUUAAGCAUAUCCCAAUUUAGGUCACCAAGCAGUACAAACUCUGAGGAUAAAUGGGGGGCAAUCAAUUCACAUAUGGUGUCCAGGGCACAGCUGGGGGCUGAGGGGGGUCUGUAGCAAGCGGCAACAGUGAGAGACUUAUUUCUGGAAAGGUGGAUUUUUAGAAGUAGACGCUCAAACUGUUUGGGCACAGACCUGGAUAGUAUGAUAGAGCUCUGCAGGCUAUCUCUACAGUAGAUUGCAACUCCACCCCCUUUGGCAGUUCUAUCUAGACGGAAAAUGUUAUAGUUGGGGAUGGAAAUUUCAGAAUUUUUGGUGGCCUUCCUGAGCCAGGAUUCAGACACUGCUAGAACAUCAGGGUUGGCGGAGUGUGCUAACGCAGUGAAUAACUCAAACUUAGGAAGUAGACUUCUGAUAUUUAUGUGCAAGAAACCAAGACUUUUGCGAUUACAGAAGUCAUCAAAUGAUAGCGCCUGGGGAGUAGGAGUGAUACUGAGGGCUGCAGGGCCUGGGUUAGCCUCUACAUCACCAGAGGAACAGAGGAGGACUAGAAUAAGGAUACGGCUAAAGGCUUUAAGAACUGGUCUUCUAGUGCGUUGGGUACAUAGAAUAAAGGGGGCAGAUUUCCGGGUGUUAUAGAAAAGAUUCAGGGCAUUAUGUACAGACAAGGAUAUGGAAGGAUAUGAGUAAAGUGGAGGUAAACCUAAGCGUUGGGUAACAAUGAAAGAGAUAGCAUCGCUGGAGGCAUACAGAUUGGAAGAGCUGCAGAACUGUCCAGACAGAGAGCAAAUGUGUAUGGCCCUGUAGCAAUGCAUGCAGUAACACAGAAAGAGAGACCGAGAGGGAGAGGAGACCCUACAGAGGGACAGAGCAUUAUACAAUGCAGAUACUGUGGACGACACAUGAGAGAAAAAAAAAAAAAUGUAAAUCCUGUGGAAAGAACAAUCACUUCUCUACGGUUUGCAAAAGUGCAGGGACCAGCAAGAGAAACAGAGUCCUGGCGAUGGAAAAUGUGUCAGCUGACUCAGAGAGCGGUGAGGAUGUUCUCUGCAUCACACUAGGGCCAAAGUCAGAGAGCAUCAACGUGGUACAGGAGAAAACCACAGGCCCCAAUGCAGCUCUCUUUGCAACCAUGCUGGUCAACAAAAAGUCUGUCAGAUUUCAGCUAGAUUGUGGUGCUAGUUGUAAUGUUAUCCCUGCAAACCUCACAAAAGACAGUCACCUAGAGCCCUGCAGUCAGGUAUUGGUGAUGUAUAACAAGAGUACUCUGAUGCCACUGGGGAAGUGCACACAAAGUAAUCAAUCCACGCAAUAUGAAAACCUACAGAGUUGAAUUCAUCGUACUCAACAAGAACGUGCGGAGGCCCAUUCUAGGCAGUAAGGCUAUCCAGCAAAUGGAGUUGAUUACUGUGCAGCAUUACAACAUCCUGAAAAGAAAGCAACAUGAUCCUGGACUAAAGAGCAAAUAAAACAGGAGUACGCUGAUGGGAGACAGAUACUUACCAGGCAAACUGAAGCUGGAAGUGGAUGAGCGAGUGGAGCCCGUCCAGCUGCCAAAGAGAAGAGUGCCAGUAGCACUAUAUAAACCACUCAAAGAGGAGCUCAGUGGUCUAGAGAAAUGGAUGAUAAAAGCAGUUGAAAAAACCACUGAUUAACAGCCUGAUCGUAGUGCAGAAACCGUCUGGAAAACUAAGUGUGUAUUGAUCCAAAACCUCUCAAGAAGGCGUUCAAGAGGAGCCAUUACCCACUUCCCACUAUUGAAGACGUGCUGCCAGACCUGAACAGAGCACGCGUGUUCUGUUUGUGAUGUAAAAAACAGAUUUUGGCAUGUGGAACUGGAGGAGGAAUCCAGCUAUCUCACCACGUUCUCUACUCCCAUGGGACGCUACAGGUGGCUGUGAAUGCCAAUGUGAAUCAGUCCAGCCCUGGAGAUCUUUCAGAGGAAGUUGAACAAGGCAAUGGAAGGUCUUCCAGGAGUCAAAAUCAUUGCAGAUGACAUCCUGAUUGUGGGAGAAGGAGACAACUACGAAGCAGCGACUCUGGACCAUGAAAGGAACCUGAGAAUGCUCCUGGACAGAUGCAGGAAGCUCAAUAUCAAGCUGAAUCCGGAGAAGCUGACAACAACACAUGAUCAUGAGACUCCAAAACUACAAGGUCAGUCUCCAAUACGUUCCUGGGUGCUGGCCGACACCCUGAGCAGGACGUACCUCGCAGAACAAGAAAAUAGAGGCCCUGUGGAGGUCGAGGUGGAAUCAAUCAACACGAUACACUACCUGCCUGUGUCAAGCGAGAGACAAAAGGCCAUCCAGAGCCACUAAGCUGGGCCGGGAGCUCCAGACACUGAAAAAUGUGAUCCUGCCGGGGUGGCCUGAAGUGAAAGAACAUGUACCCUUGGAGGUAGCCAUGUAUUUUCACAACAGAGAUGAGCUGAGUGUGCAAAAUUGAGUUAUCUUCAGAGGUGAGCGAGUCGUUGUGCCUGCUGCCCUCAGGUCAGAGAAUGCAGAGAAUCCAAUCCUCACACAUAGGAAUCGAGGGAUGUCUGAGAAGAACUCCCGAGGGUGUCUACUGGCCGGGCAUGAAUGCACAACUCAGAACAUACAUAGAACAAUGUAGCACCUGCACUGCAUGGGGUGUGAAGCAGCGGAAAGGGACGCUGAGGCCACACAAAGCACCAAAGCGUCCCUGGGAAAAGAGCAGAGAAAUAGAGCCAAUAAACAGAGCACCAGCUGACGCCCAGCAGGGUGCGGAACACAACCUAGAGGUGGACGCUGCACCUCAACAAGAAGAUCCAAACAUCUCAGGUCAAGCAUCUCCAGAUGUAAUCAACACUCCCCAAACAAGGUCUGGUAGGGCCAUCCAAAGACCCACACACCUGAAAGACUGUGUGAAUGUAAAUUGUGUGAAUAGGCAUUAAACAAACAUUCAGUUCACAUUCAAGUUUAUUGCGGAUGUGGACUACAAUACUAAGUUAGGUGGAGUCUGCCUUUGUUAUAUAGAAAAACAAAAACAUGUAGCAAUAUUGAUGUUACUCAUUGAUGUUGCAUGGGAAACGGAAACCAAUUGUUACUUAGUCUUCAUGUACUGGAUGUGCUGGUUAACAACAUGCAUAGUAAAGUUUGCUUAACUAUGUACAGUGCAUUCGGGAAAGUAUUCAGACCCCUUGACUUUUUCCACAUUUUGUUACGCUACAGCCUUAUUCUAAAAUUGAUUAAAUUGUCCCUCCCCCCAAUCUAGACACUACCCCAUAAUGACAAAGCAAAAACAGGUAGACAUUUUUGUCUGCGCUCUGGAGCAGGUUUUCAUCAAGGAUCUCUCUGUACUUUGAUCCGUUCAUCUUUCCCUCGAUCCUGACUAGUCUCCCAGUCCCUGCCGCUGAAAAACAUCCCCACAGCAUGAUGCUGCCACCACCAUGCUUCACCGUAGGGAUGGUGCCAGGUUUCCUCCAGACGUGACGCUUGGCAUUCAGGUCAAAGAGUUCAAUCUUGGUUUCAUCAGACCAGAGAAUCUUGUUUCUCAUGGUCUGAGAGUCCUUUAGGUGCCCUUUGGCAAACUCCAAGCGGGCUGUCAUGUGCCUUUUACUGAGGAGUGGCUUCCGUCUGGCCACUCUACCAUAAAGGCCUGAUUGGUGGAGUGCUGCAAAGAUGGUUGUCUUUCUGGAAGGUUUUCCCAUCUCCACAGAUGAACUCUGGAGCUUUGUCAGAGUGACCAUCAGGUUCUUGGUCACCUCCCUGACCAAGGCCCUUCUCCCCCAAUUGCUCAGUUUGGCCGGGUGGCCAGCUCUAGGAAGAGUCUUGGUGGUUCCAAGCUUCUUCCAUUUAAGAAUGAUGGAGGCCACUGUAUUCUUGGGUACCUUCAAUGAUGCAGAAAUAUUUUGGUACCCUUCCCCACAUCUGUGCCUCGACACAAUCCUCUCAGAGCUUUAUGGACAAUUCCUUCGACCUCAUGGCUUGGUUUUUGCUCUGACAUGCACUGUCAACUGUGGGACCUUAUAUAGACAGGUGUGUGCCUAUCCAAAUCAUGUCCAAUCAAUUGAAUUUAUCACAGGUGGACUCCAAUCACGUUGUAGAAACAUCAAGGAUGAUCAAUGGAAACAGGAUGCACCUGAGCUCAAUUUCAAGUCUCAUAGCAAAGGGUCUGAAUACCUAUGUAAAUAAGGUAUUUCUGUUUUCACUUUGGCAUUAUGGAGUAUUGUGUGUAGAUUGAUGAGGAGAUAUAUAUAUAUAUAUAUAUAUAAAGCAUUCAUUUUUUUUAUCCAUUUAAGAAUAAGGCUGUAACGUAACAAAAAGGGCAAGGGGUCUGAAUACUUUCCGAAUGCACUGCAUCUUUGUUUGACAACAACACAAAGCAUAUUGAAACACCAGUGUACUUUUUAGUUGUGUUUAUGUUACCGCUGUUCAAAAUGCCUCUCUAUACACAUUGACUGAGAGAUUUACAUUUGAGUCAUCUAGCAGACGGUCUUAUCCAGAGCGAUUGAAGCCGUGCGUACACUACACGAUUUCUGUCCCUGAUUUAGCUGCCCCAGACACGUUUUUGAGAUCUGAGACAAAAUCCCCACGUCGUUGCCUACUCGCAGCCGUCACCGAAGCUCAUUUAAUGUGAGCACGUCAGAGACUCAAUCUGAGGGCUACCAAUCCCGUGUUUGAUUUUAUUGGCGCAAAAUCUGCAAUGCUCUUGUAGUGUGAUAUGUGCAACGACCAGUUUUGAGAACGGCGAUCAGCAAUAGCCAAUGAGAGCUCGCCAGAGAAGAAGGCCAAGAUCAUGACCUUGAUUCACAUCACCCAGAAUGUGUACUCUCUCGUGCAGGAGCCAUGACUACUACUAGUUAGUAUGCGUUUGUACUUGCCUUUAACCAAAGCCUAAAUGUAAUCUUGUUACAGCUCUGAAGUUCACAUGCAAUGUUAUUCAAUCCUAAAUGUAUUGGCAAGAUAUUUCAACUCUGUAUGGCAAAUGUGAAUGUCUGACGGAACGUUUACGAGGCUGCUUUGAGCCACAGCUCGUUGUAGCUAGCUACGUUAACAAUCUAAUCACAUUGUUUUGGCGAGACAGCGUGGUAUCAAGAAUCCUCACGACCAGGUAAAGAAUCAUGAAGUGUCUGUGCCAGAUUGUUUAGUGUGCGCCCCACUACUUUGGCGAGACAAAAAAACGACAGGAAAGACGGUUGUUUAAUGCUAGCGGCUCAGCGUUGUUAGGGUUUUGAAAGUCGUGUAGUGUACGCCGAACAUUGCAGUUAGUGCAUUCAUCUUAAGGUAACUAGGUGAGAGAACCACAUAUCACAGUCGUAGUAAGUAAAACUUUUCCUCAAUAAAGCAGCUUUCAGCAAAGUCACUGCUAGUAAAAAAAGAGAAGUGAGUGUUAGUGCAAGAAUGGCAAGAGUGUUAGUUCAGAGGGAAAUGUGUAGAUUCCUGUUAAAGUAGUAGAUUUGACAGUAAAUAAGUACCCAUUUAACAGGCUUCUGACUAGGUGGAAUACAGCUACGACCAGAGGUUACUUUUUCAAACAGGUUAGGAGAAUCAGGUUAAGGUUAGAAAAAGGGUUAGGGUUAGCUAAAAUAUAAUAAUCUCCUAACCUGGUCAUGGCUGUAUUCCCUCUAGUUACAUUUACCAGUGGUACAGGGAAUACAUUUCCUGGAUUUGACGCAUGACUGUAACCUAUAGUAACCAGGCCCAUUUGUGGUGAACUGUGUCUCUCCCUCCGCAGGCCUGUUUCUGUGACGACCAUGUGAAGAGUAAGGUGUUCAAACAGGACAAGGGUAAAAAUCCUCCCUGCCCCAAGUGUGGCCAUGAGACCCAGGAGACUAAGGACCUCAGCAUGUCCAGUGAGUCCACCAUCUAGCAUCUAAUCAGUGCUUAAGUCAAUCGUGGAUUUAAACUUUUCAGUCAUAAAGAGGAAAACUAAGUGCAGUGCAGUUGUAUGUAUACUGUAAUAUCACCUUUUUAUUUUUUUUAUUGAAUAUAAUUUGUGUAUAGUUACAAAUCACUUGUUUUCGUAAUAUUUUCUUGUAGCAGAUGUCAGAUCUUAAACCUCUAUCCCGCCACAUUCAACACCUUUUAUUGUUGUGUAUGUGCACUCACCGGAUCGGUAUUAAUACUCAAGAUUCUCAGCUCAUAUCUGUAUUCCUGUAUUCGCCCUGCAGCCCGUACGACGAAGUUUGGCCGACAGAGUGGUGCUGACGAGGAUAGCUACGGCUAUGGAGGUUAUGGGGCGUCUGGCUACGACUCCUACUGGAAGAACGUGUCGUCCUCCGGAGGAGGGGAGGGAGACCAGGAGGACGAUGAUGGAGAUGAUGAUGAUGAGGAGGAGGAUGAUGAGGAAGAGGAGGAUGAUGAGGAGGAGGAGGAAGAGGUAGCUGACUCUCUGGCCGGUCUUAAAAUUGAAGGGACCCCCGUGACUGAAGCAGUCCCCUAG